CUGUGUUUUCAGUUCCGAUGGUGACCUCAAACAUGAAAGUCAACAAAAAGUUGUUGCCUGUUAAAGGGCAUUAUUUUCUUUUCAAUGCAGGAACUGCGCCCCUAGUCCCUUAUCUCUCCACAUAUGCCCGGCAGCUAGGAUUCUCUUCUGCCACGGUGGGUCUGAUCUACACAAUCCUGCCGAUAUUUGGACUUGUAGCAAAACCUCUUUUUGGAGUUAUUGCUGAUAGAUUUAGGAUACAGAAAUCAAUUUUCAUACUAUUUCAAAUAGUAACUAUUGUGAGCUUCGGCGCCAUAUACCUAAUACCGGAGUCCGACAGCCUUGCCACCGUGGGUAUAUCCUGCAGUAGUGGAUUAUCUUACCUGCAGAGCUGUUAUCUGGAGGAGAAAAUGAUAGAUUGGGAUAAAUUAGAGAAGCUAGGCGAAGAAAACGGCACGGCGACCUGUCAGAUGACAUGCGACAUGACCUCACCAAAGAUGUGGCAAACGAUAUGCGAACACUGGCACAUACCGCAGUACUGUUACAGUGCCACAGACAGUAUAAACUACACGGCGUACGUGGCCAACUCCACUGUGCGCGACAACUGUGCGUAUAUUGCGGCUAACAACGUCUCUCUAGAAGGCAAAUUUUACACUCCCCGCUGCAAUAUUGGAAGUGACUACGUGGACAUAAACGAGCCCUGUAACCUGCAGUGCGACAACGCCGCUCUAUCCGGAGUGAUAGGCAGUCGCACCGCGAACAUGACUUGCGGGAAUCAGACUCUCAACUACAAACUUUGCGUGAACGAUACCUCGUUGGAGCAGCUGCCUACGAAUGUUAGCAGUAAAUGUGAGGCGCACUGCGACCUAGACUCGACGACCCCAUGGCGCCUCAUGGAGAUAUGCGACGGUUGGUACGCCGAUGACGCCGAAUCCUGUCAGCCGAAGACCAGACAGGGUCAGGCGCUGCCAUCCGAACUGUCGUUCACUGGUUACGUGGAACUAGAGACCGCGACUAACGUUAGCAGCUGCGUUUACGUUAGACUUAAAAACGUGGCCAUUCCUAACGGUGAUUCGGAGUCUGUACAUUAUCCGUAUUGCGCUUCACACGAAUUAUUCCAGACGUCGUGUAAAAUCAACUGCAAUAACGCUCAGUUGAACGAGAUGUUCCAAGCAGCGGCAGAGAGCCUCGAUACGGGCAGCCAGUACACCAGGCAGUUCUGGAUGUUCUUCGUACUGAUGGCGCUCAGCUGGGUUGGCAUGGCGGUCGUUGUUACCUUCGCUGAUGCCAUCUGCUUCAAUAUUUUAGGUGCGAAAGUGUCCCAAUACGGCAAGCAGCGCCUGUGGGGUUCGGUGGGCUGGGGUAUAUUUUCCUUGCUCACUGGCGCCCUGAUAGACGUGUUCAGCGAGGGCGAGUACAAGAACUACGCCGUCGCGUUCGUGCUAAUGUUCGUGUUCAUGCUAGGUGACGUCAUCGUGUCGUGUUUCAUAAAGAUCGAAUCCACCAAAAUGUCCGUAAGCAUUCUCGCCGAUGUCGGAACCCUGCUGUCCUCUCUACCCACUGUGAUAUUCUUUCUAUGGACCAUAGCAGUCGGUCUCUGCACGGGACUGCUGUGGUCUUUCCUGUUUUGGCAUUUAGAAGACAUUUCGAAGCAAAACGGCGGUGGGUCGGAGUACGACAAGACUCUGCAAGGCCUGGUCAGCGCUAUACAGACGUUUGGAGGGGAGAUACCCUUCAUGUUUGUGUCUGGUUUCAUCCUAAAGCGUUUAGGCCAUAUAAACAUGAUGACCAUUGUUCUGUUCGCGUUCGGCGUGCGCUUUAUACUUUACUCGCUGUUGAGCAACGCAUGGUGGGUUCUGCCCAUAGAGAUGUUUCAGGGCAUCACCUUCGGCAUGUUCUACCCCACCAUGGCGUCCUACGCCAAGGUCGUAUCGCCGCUCGGCACUGAAACCACUGUGCAGGGUCUAACGGGAGCGAUAUUCGAAGGCGUCGGCACUUCCCUCGGAAGUUUCAUCGGCGGCCUCCUCUACGACCAGUACGGGAGUUGGAAGACCUUUCUAUGGUUUGGGAUCGGGUCCCUCGUUUUCUGCGUCGUCCACGUCACCGUCCAGUGCCUGGUGAAGGACAGAACGGCAGGAACACCGCAAGGUGGCUACAUGUCCAUCAUAAGAUAUGAGCAGCCCGGAGACACGGUGUGUAUAAUGGAGGAUCACCUCGAAGGCAGGGAAAUGCAGUUGCGGUAGUUACAAAUACCAUAUGUUUACUUAAUUCGAAAAGCGAGACUAUUUGACUUAGUGAGUUUUGAAUCGGUCAUACCGCUGGUCAAAAGAGGUUGGCGCACCGGUUAAGUGGCAAAUUGUGUGAAAGAAUC